UUUUGCAAAAAUCAUUUCACUGGUACUUCCACCCACACGCCACCAACUUAUACCAGUCCACUCCAAAAACCCUAAACCCUUCUACAAAUUCAGAAACUCGACUGCCCUUCAAAUUUUUUACUCCUCUCCACCGAAAACAACCAAGCCAGCAGACGAGAAAACAAAAUGAGGUUACGGUUGUUGGCUUCGAGGGCAAUGAGGCCCCCCAAGUCUUCCAAUUUUAGAAUGUGUGCGCGCUCUGUUGUCACUAAACCUGUACGCCAAUCACCGGAAUCUUCGUCGGCCGAAGCCCCUGCCCAACCAGAUUUUCCGCCGCGAACCCUCGUCAAAAUCCCCACAGGUUUACAAGCUUGUGAAGUGGCCGGCGUUGAUAUUUCCCAAUUUUGUUAUCAUGGUAGACUCUCUAUUGCUAGAAAUUGCCCUAUGUGUCUCGUUGAUACCGAGAAAUCGUCCAAGCCUGUUGGUUCUUGCGCCGUGCCUGCUCUUUCAGUUUCUGAUAGAGGCCUAUCCACACUGAGAUUAUUUUACCAUUCAUCAUAUUCUUCUUCAAAAUUUUCAAUUUUUUCUGCUGGAAGAAGAGGCCUUUCCUCCCAUGCUAAUAUGAAAAGUGGUGGGUAUGAAGAUGACUUGGAAGAAGGUUUUUCAGAACUUGAAACAGCUGCUAGUGAGGCAGUGCAAGAGAGCAAUAUUGAAGAUGAAAAUGAUGACGAAUUAAUUUCUGAGCCUGAGCCAUCAGGUGAUAAUGAUGAUAAUGAUGAUCCUGCUCAAAGUGAUCUAGAAUCAUUAGAUACCGAGAGUGAUUCAGCUGAGAAAAUGUCUCGAAAGAAUAGGAUGUUCUCAGAAUUGUUCAAAACCAUCAUUGCUGCUCCAGGUCUGUCAAUUAGUAGUGCCCUUGAUAAGUUUGCUGAAGAUGGAAAAGAUUUGAGCCGUGCAGAGAUUUCAGCGGCAAUGCUCAAUCUUCGUAAUCGUCGAAUGUAUGGGAGGGCCUUGCAGCUCUCAGAGUGGUUGGAGGCAAAGAAGCAGCUUGACUUUGUUGAGCGAGAUUAUGCUUCUCGUGUUGAUUUAAUUGCAAAGGUACGUGGCAUCUGGAAGGCAGAACAAUAUAUUCAGAAGAUCCCAAGAUCUUUCAGGGGGGAGGUAGUCUACCGAACCCUGCUUGCCAACUGUGUUGCUGUCACAAAUGUGCAGAAAGCGGAAGAAGUUUUCAACAAAAUGAAGGACCUGGGAUUUCCAAUCACCUCAUUUGCUUGCAACCAGCUGCUGCUUCUUUAUAAGAGAGUUGACAAAAAGAAAAUAGCUGACAUCUUAUUUUUAAUGGAGAAAGAAAAUGUCAAGCCCUCCCUCUUCACUUAUAAAAUCUUAAUAGACACCAAAGGUCAAUCCAAUGACAUAACUGGGAUGGAUCAAAUUGUUGAGACAAUGAAGGCUGAAGGCGUGGAACUUGACAUAAGCACACAAGCCAUCUUGGCAAGGCACUAUGUUUCUGGUGGGCUGAAAGAAAAAGCAGAGUCUAUGUUGAAAGAGAUGGAAGGAGGCAACCUAAAGGAGCACCGUUGGGCCUGCCAGGUUUUGCUUCCUCUAUAUGCAGAGCUUGGAAAGGGUGAUGAGGUGGAGAGAGUUUGGAAAUUCUGUGAAGCAAAACCACGGCUAGACGAAUGUGCAGCAGCUAUUGAAGCUUGGGGAAAGCUAAACAAAAUCGAAGAAGCAGAAGCUGUUUUUGAUAGAAUGUUGAAAACAUGGAAGAAGCUCUCUUCGAGGCAUUAUUCUGCCUUAUUGAAGGUUUAUGCAAACCAUAAAAUGCUAGCCAAAGGGAAAGAUUUGGUUAAGCAAAUGGCAGAUAGUGGUUGCCGUAUUGGACCAUUUACAUGGGAUGCACUCAUAAAGCUUCAUGUGGAAGUAGGAGAGUUAGAAAAGGCUGAUUCUAUUCUACAGAAGGCAGCGCAGCAGAAUCAACAGAAGCCAAUGUUCAGUUCUUAUAUGGCCAUCAUGGAGCAAUAUGCAAAGCAAGGUGAUAUCCAUAAUACUGAAAAACUAUUUCAUAGGAUGAGACAGGAUGGUUAUGUGUCUCGAUUCCGGCAAUUUCAAACUUUAAUCCAAGCAUAUAUAAAAGCCAAAGCUCCAGCUUAUGGAAUUAGGGAGAGAAUGAAAGCAGAUAAUAUAUUCCCAAAUAAGGCUUUGGCAGCAGAAUUAGUUCAUGUUGAUCCAUUUAGGAAGACAACGGUGUCUGAUUUACUUGACUAAGUGCUGCUGCAUUUGGUAAUGUCACAGCUAUCUUAUCUAUGCAGAGGCAUGAUAUGUUAUUUAGACAAGUAUUUCUGAUUGUUUGUAUUAGAACCCUAGUUUGGAAACCUCUUCAUAAAGCUUGGUAGGAGUUUUAAGGUAUAUGCCAUUAAUUAUGUUCUUAUUUUAUUUAUAUCUCAAAAGUCAGGUUGCAUUUC